AUGCCGCCCAAGAAAAGCAAACAAGUUCCGAAAUGGUCGAUGCAUCCGCAACUUCACGGCGACGUGUCGCGGCUACUCGCAGAAGACGAGCUACAUCUGUCUUUCUAUCCAAACGAUUCAACGUCUCAAUGCCUGAAAGACUACGACACCAACAUCAUGGGCCGGUUUUCUUGCCGAAACGAAGCAUGCACAGCUUCUGGAUGGUCCAGCAAGAAGAUUGCGACCACGAUCAGAUUGUACUCGGGUGGUCGAUACAACGCUAGAGUAUACCACCAGCGGUGCCAGCAGUGCAACAGUCUUAGUCAACCCUGGCUGGACGACUCAUACGCUGAAAGGAUAGCGUACCGUUUGAAAAAGUGGCACGGCGUGGAGAUGGAGGCGCCAGAGUAUAGGAGAAAGAAUGUGAAGCCGCAUCACCGGGCGUUGUGUGAGGGGUGCAAAGCCGGACAUUGCAGUGAAAGUUAAUGGC